UUAGCACCUUCAUCAUCAUCAUCAUCAGCGCCUUCAUCAUCAGCGCCUUCAUCAGCAUCAUCAUCAUCAGCACCGUCAUCAUCAGCAUCAUCAGCGCCUUCAUCAUCAUCAUGUGAGGUCAGACACCUCGCCCGAUGAAGGUUCCAGCCGUCACGUCAGAGCUUCUCCUCUUCUUCCUGCUGUCGAAGCCUCUCCUGGUGACGGGACAAGAAGGAUGCCUUUGAAAGAAAGAAGAUGUGAAAACGCGGAGCUGCCUGGUCUUUCCUGUCUCAGUUGUUGAGGUGUGUCAUCAAAGAGGACAGAUGGAUUAUCGCACAGAGGACGUCAAGAGAGGGGGAAACUGUCUGAACAGCUGACAGCAGCAGAUACUGACUGUGGGUGAGCCUGAACCACGACACUGCCCGGAUCACCACGCCAACGUGCUGCAAGCAAAUCCUGAAGGGAUGCUCCAAAACGCUGCAGAGGAGGCAGCAGGGGAGAGGAGAGAGGAAGAGGAGGAAGGGUGGCGGGGAGAGACGGACAGCUGGGUGCCGGGAGAUUUUCGCAGCACUUUGCCAUCAUCUGAUCUGACAUGGCCACCGCAUAGGAAUCUGGCGCCACGGCAACCGGCGGCUCGGCGACAAGGUAUCCGAGGAUAAGGAGACUGAGAGCUGCGAAGAGGGACGCUCCGAGGAGAAGAAAGAGGGAUGGCGGUGGAGGAGAAGCCUGGCGUGAAGAACAGCAGCUCCAUCGUCCCCUGCUUCCUGUUUGUGGAGCUGGUGAUCAUGGCUGGGACGGUGCUGCUGGCUUACUACUUCGAGUACACGGACACCUUCCCGGUGCACAUUCAGGGCUUCUUCUGCUACGACAAGACCUUCUCUAAGCCCUACCCCGGUCCAGACGACACCAGCAAGAUCCCGCCGGUGCUCAUCUACUCGCUUGUCAGUGCCAUCCCCACGCUCACGAUUCUUGUCGGCGAGCUGUGUGCCUUCUUCACCAAGGCGGAGGGAACCCAGGAGAAGACCAUUGUCACGGCAGACUGCUGCUACUUCAACCCCCUCCUGAGGCGCAUUAUACGCUUCCUAGGUGUCUAUGCCUUCGGCCUGUUCACCACCACCAUCUUCGCCAAUGCCGGCCAGGUAGUGACAGGAAACCAGACGCCUCACUUCCUGUCUGCAUGCCGGCCGAACUACACGGCGCUAGGCUGCCAGUCCACCAUGCAGUACAUCACCGAGCGACGCGCCUGCACGGGCAACCCUCUGACUGUCAUGUCCGCGCGCAAAUCUUUCCCGUCGAAGGACGCAGCGCUCAGCGUCUUCUCGGCAGUGUACACAGUGAUGUACGUGACGCUGGUGUUCAAGACCAAGGGCACGCGGCUGACCAAGCCCACCAUCAGCCUCACCCUGCUCUGUCUGGCCAUGCUGGUGGGCGUGGUGAGGGUGGCUGAGUACCGCAACCACUGGGCCGACGUCCUGGCGGGAUUCUUCACCGGGGGGGCCAUCGCCGUGUUCUUGGUGACCUGCGUGAUUAACAACUUCCAGCAGUUGCUGCCCAGACUCACCCCAGCACGACCCCAACGGCCCGACUCUGUGCUGGGCAUGCCCAUGGUGACGCUUCCCUGUGUGGAGAGUCCACUCGAAAAACUCCGCGGGGAUCUUCGUUCUCUGAGAUCACAUGACCAUCAGCCCUAUCGGUUCCCCGCCACUCCCGAUGUCCUCAUACCAUCUCGCUCAAUUUCCAGCGAAGUCUAGACCAGCCGGAGCAGCACUCGCCACACUGCGCCGCCCACCCGGCCGGGCGGUACGCGACGCUGCACCGCUCCUAUUCCACGCAGGUCUAGACCUCUCCUGACACACCCCGGGGAACCGAUAGGCAAACAUUUUCAAAGACUCUCUCUUUCACUGGACACCCAGUAAAAUAAAACGCUGAACAUUCAGUACAGUCAGGUACAUGAUUUUCUUUUUUCUUUUUGAAUAUUCGUCGACUUUUUUUGUAUAAACUUUGUCAUGUGAAGCUCACUCUCAUCUUCAGCGGUGUGCUCUAAACGGAAAAAAACACGUCGUACUGUUUUUUUUCUCUCCCACAACUGUAUGAAUGAGUUAACACCCGUUGGAAGGAGGCACACGCUGAGCGCUCAGUGUGAGGGUGAAGCCCCCCGUCCGACUCCCAGGACACAGCUUUGAUGUGUUGCUGUCAGGAGGCUGCCUUGUUGGACCAAAGAAACCCCCUGAAGGAUAUGUGUGCUGCUGAGAUUUAUCCGUGAAAACAUCCAUUUAGUAAGCCAUACAAACAAACACAUUUUUCUCACCCCCUCUUCUUAUCCCGGCCCAUUCCCGCACGCACGCGCACACGCGCGCCGCAGUCUGAGUAGCAGUGUCCCAGUCAGCUCCACAUGCGGCGCACUCUCAGAUCAAAGGAUUCAUUUCAUAUCUCAGCAGAUGCACCAGACAAAAGCAAAAGGGAAGUAUCGACAUCUUCAUUUGGCUCUCCUCUCCAUCCUCUCCAUGUUGUCUCUCAGACGGACGCAGCUUCGCCAAAACCUGACGUGAACCGCAAAUGCAUUUGAUAAGACCAAGCCAAGCUCCUGACUGCAGGUGGCACAACAGUGAGCCAAAUGCAGUCCGUCACAUUCAGGAGCAAAUGUUUUAGUUUGUCGUAUUCUCCCGAGACAAGCAGCCUUCAUUGAAAACUUUCUGUGAUGCCGACAGUCUUUUUUUCCCCCUGUUGUUGUUGUUGUUGUUGUCGUUGUUUUAUUUCUCUAUGGAACAGCAUCACUCGCCCCCGAACUGGGAUUUCUUUCUUUACCUAAUCUGGAAGAGAUUUACUAUAGUUAUGUAUUUAUUGUGAUUCAUUUCUGGUGUUUUAUGAAUAGAUUCAUUUAUUGACAUGUACAUACAAGUAUGUGGUUUGCAUAAGCGCUACGCGGCGUGACAGUUUUGCUGAUUUUGAUUUGCACACUCCCUCCAAUCCACGUUUAUACUGCCCCACCCCCUUCGUCUCACCUCAUCACAACUCCUGUUUUCUCCUCUCUGUGGAGUUGGUAUCUUGACUAUCACUGUACUGUGAAAUGUUUCCCUCUGCUGGACGACACACACACACACACACACACACACACACACACACACACGAGAGCACACGUGUAAAAGCACACACAAUCACACUCACAUCCCCUUCCCUACUUGUUUCUGUACGUCCCUUCCCCCCAAUUCCACUUUCUAACGAUGAAACUCGCCUGUAUGAUAUUGUACAUAGGCCUUUUUGUAUCGAGAGCGUGAUUUUUACUCCAGCAUCACCAACACUCAAGGGUAUGGAUUGGGAGCACCGUGUAUUUAUUGUGAUGAAAGAGAACAGUGUGUGUGAAGGUGCUGAUCCAACACUGGCUCCGUUAGAACUUGCCCACUAGGACCAAGGUUGUAGCUGGGAGAGCCGCUUGCUCCCACUUCAGAUACUGUGUGUUCAAAACUUUUUAAACUUCCUUUUUUUUAAUUCUCAUGUAAGCACAAAUAAAGGCCAUAAAAGCAGCCACCCCCCCUCUUUGUUGUCAGAUCCAGGGAUACGUUUAUGGUCAUUCAGUCAGGGUCAAAUUUAAUGGUCACCAGAGCUGGCAUGAGGCACACUAACGAAAUCAUUACAUUGAGGCAAAGCAGCGGGACGAGCUGUGAAAACAACAUUUGACAUAUUAUUCUCUUAUUAAUAUUAAGUCGUCGUGGCUCAUGUGUUGGCUGAAAGAGGCCUGUCGUCACACCCAGCAGGUAGCCUGCAGAGCAACAUUAGCCUUUAUUUGCAUUCAGUUGCGUUGCUUACAAUGGAGACGCCGACUGAAAUGCUGAUCUGGCUCUUUAGCCGAACCCUCCAACGUGUUUGCAGUGUAUCAGCUGACUUUGUCCGUUUUCUGCCUGGUAGUAGCAAACUGCGGGUUGAUCAAAGUUUUGUUUCCGCUGGAAUCAGGCCCUAAAAACCAAAACAGGGAGCUGAAAAGUGCUAAAAUGCAUCACCUGUGUGAUUUGAAAUCUGUGGAGUCCCACAUGUCUAGAAGAUGAUUCCUUUAUAAGACAGUUAACUAACAUUAACACUAACACGUUAUCCAUGACAACUCUAUAAUGGUAUGAUAUACCAUUGUUGGAUAAAUAUAUAUCUUCCUCUGCUGAACCCAUAUAGCAAAAGGUGGAAAAAAAUGACUUAAUGCUGCUAUUUUUGUUCGUUUACCUAAUGUUGGCCACACUAACUUUUACGUUUGGCUCUGUGAGCUCAUGUUGGACCAUAUGUGGGCUACGUCUGUAAGGAUUACAACGACUGUGCGCAAAAACAACGUAUCAUCUUUUGGCACUUUGCUCGUAUGAACCAGGAAGCUGUCUACCUUUUCAAUACGAAAUGAAAAGGUAGACAGGUAUUUGUAUCGCAUACCUACAAAGUUGUGAAUUAGACUCCUGAUCUUUGCAGCAUGACAUCUCUUUUGUUCCAUCUCUGCCUUCUACAAUAGUCUCUAAUGUCCCAGUGAAGCAGACGAGCCUUAAAACCGUCUCAAUGGAAAACAUGUCCACCUUUCAAAACAGCGACAGACAGGCGAUCCAAAAUGUGCACGCUUCUCGUCAUUUCAAAAUCUCAGCAUCUCCUCACGAGUCGGUGUUCAGGGGGCGUGAGAACUGCUUCAGCGCAAGAGAUGCAUGAACGGGAUCCAAACGAAUUUAAAACACUAUGAGCAAAACGGCCUCCGGGAAUGGGCCAGACUCUCUUCAGGCGGGAACAUGCUCUCUUCUGGUUCGGGUGUCGACGCCGCAGCUUUACCCGCCGGUAAAGUCUUCAGGUGACUUGUGUUUGGAAUCAAAGAACGAACCCGCCUGCAGUCGACUGACGUGUGAAUUCUCAGCACCGGUCUCCUUCAGAUCUCCGACUCUUGAGAGAGAGAGAAAAACACGAUUCCUUUGAUCCUUGGAUGCAGCAAAACCCCUCUGUUUUUGUAAAGAUUAGUGUGACGAGAACAAUAAAAUGGAUAUUGCAAUAAGA